AUGAAUCGAGAAGAGCGAUACCGAAAAAUCGUAGAAAGCAGACAAAUUGAUGUUUCUGGCUACGUAUACAAUAUUCCGUUGACAAUUGCUGCAAGUGAGUUUUUCGAAUUUUUGAAGGGAAAAUAGACGAAGAUUGCAGUAUAUGAACGCGAUGAUGAAGAUGAAGAUGAUGAAGAUGAAGAUCCGAUGGACAAGGAGAUUGAUUUGCAAAUAAGAAAAAGAAGAAUGAGCGGAGCUGUUUCAUCAUCAACAAUAUCAAAUGAAACUCCGAAGUCGAGAAGACCAGCAAGAAUCUGCAAAGAAUCGUCGCCUCCAAAUAUCUCUACUCCUACAUCUUCAAAUGAUUCUUCGACGUCAGGAAGAGCAUGGAAAUUCGAAAUCUCGCCACCAAUUGAAGCAAAGUCAAGUAGAUCUCGAUGUCAAAAAUCCGCAGAAAUGUUCGAAAUUCGACAAGAAAAAGGAGAAAACGAUGAAGAGGAGGAGGUUAUACUUGUGAAGAAAAAACCGGUGAGACGUCGUGUGAUUAUAUCAAGUGACGAAGAAGAGGAAAUCGAGAAAAAAUCAAUUGAAUAUAUCACAUUAGGUGAUUCGUCUGAUGAAGAAGAAGAAGAUAGAAUUUUGGAGCCGGUGAAAAAGCGGGAAAGGAAGCCGAGAGUUGCAACAACUUCUGAGAAAAUCGAUAAGAAACGAGCUCGAAAACCGAAUUUCAUGGAAACCGAUCCAGCCAUCAACCCAGCGGAAAUUUAUUUGGAUAUGGUUCACAAGCUUCCGGAUAAGCCGCGGAAAAAGAGAGAAGUGAAAAUACGUGAAAUCUUCGCAACACCGCCGGAACAAACGGAUUUGUCGAUUUAUUUGGGACCUGAAGAUGAAGUGAGUUUUUCACCAGAACAUACAUAAAAUGAGUCCCCAUAAUCCGGGUGAGGGGCUUAACUUUUCUCAAAAAUCUAAAGCGAAGGGUGCCUAACCUGGCCAAUUUUUUGUUGAUAAUCUACCUAAAUUCCCAGAUUUAUCCAAAAAUUACUCGAAAAAUUGAGGAAAGGGCUUUAACUUUGGAAAUUUUUUAAAGAGGGACCAUAACUGAAAAUUUUGGCCCGGGGGACCUAUUAUAUAUAUGCACCAGAAGCUUGCUAUUUUCAAAAAAUAUUCAAUUAUUUUCAGCAAUUUCAAUAUUUGCCACACUUCGAUGAAGAAGUUAUCGAGCAAAAUCUCCACGAUUUUGAAGUGAAUGACUUUAUCACUGGUGAAACUGAUGAACUUCAUCCGGAGGAUAUUGUUGAAAUUGUGAGUUUUUCUUCGGAAAAUUUCUUUUUUAAUAAAGCUUGGUUGAGAUUUUUUCCGAAAAUUUGAAACAGGAAUUUCUCAAAAAACCGCAAUUGACUCAAGGUAUUUUUUGUGAAAAAAAAACUGAGUUUUUCAAGAUUCAAAAAUCGAACGAAUUUUCACCGAAAACAACAAUUUUGCUGAAAAGUUGCCCAUAUUCUAAUUUUUGCCACGUGGAUUUUUUGGUGAAAAAAAAGUUGAUAAAUUGAAAAAACUUCAGCAAAUUGAACUCCCCAAUCAAAUCACGCCACCUUUGGACUUGGACGAAACUUCGGAAGGAGUUCUAAGAUUUGCAGAAAUCCAAGAGCAAGUCAACAAGAAUCAUUCUUACGAUAUCGAAACAAAUGCCGAUAAAUUUGAUGAUUUGGUUGAAUUUGUAAAUUCUCCAACAAACGAAACAUCUCUGUGCAAUAUCCCAAUUUGA